ACCAGGAAGAGAUCUACCAGCUGGGAGACGGAGGAAGUCACCUCUGAGCGAAACUGCUGAGCCAGAGCCAGAAGAGCGGCUCUGAGAGGCAGCAGCCGGGUCCCCGGGGAGAUGCUGCUUCCGUGGCUCCUGUGGCUUGUGGUCCUCUGCCCGGGGGGCGGCGGCGAGGCAGCCUUUCAAGGGCCCACCUCUUACCACGUCAUCCAGAUCUCGUCCUUUGCCAACAGCAGCUGGGCGCAGAACCAAGGCUCAGGAUGGCUGGGUGACUUACAGCUCCAAAGCUGGGACAGCGACACGGGCAGGGCGGUUUUCCUGAAGCCCUGGUCCAAGGGCAACUUCAGUGAGGAGGAGGUGACCGGGCUGGAGGAGGUGUUCCAGGUCUACCUCAACGGGUUCAUCCUGGAAGUACAGGACCAUGCCCACGAGUUCCAGAUGGAAUAUCCCUUUGAGAUCCAGGGGAUAGCAGGCUGUAGCCUGCAUUCCGGUGGGGGCACGGUGAGCUUCCUGCGGGGAGCGUUAGGAGGAGUGGACUUUCUGAGCCUCAAGAAUCACUCCUGUGUGCCCGCCCCGGAGGGUGGAAGCCGGGCACAACGCAUCUGCGCGCUCAUCCAUCAGUACGCGGGCAUCCGGGACAUCGCGGGGAAGCUCCUCUUUGAAACCUGCCCUCAGUAUCUCCUGGGUGUCCUCGAUGUGGGGAAGGCAGAACUGCAGAGACAAGUGAAGCCCGAGGCCUGGCUGUCCACUGGCCCCAGUCCCGGUCCUGGCCGUCUGCUCCUCGUGUGCCAUGUGUCCGGCUUCUACCCGAAGCCAGUGUGGGUGACGUGGAUGCGGGGUGACCAGGAGCAGCGGGGCACCCGGUGCGGCGACGUCCUGCCCCACGCUGACGGGACGUGGUAUCUUCGGGUGACCCUGGACGUGGCGGCCGGGGAGGCGGCCGGCCUGUCUUGCCGAGUGAGGCACAGCAGUCUAGGAGGCCGGGACAUGGUCCUCCACUGGGGAAACCCCGUCUCCAUCGGCUUGAUAUCUUUGGCGAUCAUAGUGCCCUUGUUCGUCCUUUUGACAGUUCCUACAUUGUGGUUUUUGAGGCGCCGGUCGUAUCAGAGUAUCUAAUGGACUCCUCUUCCAUUUGGAAUAAACGCUCAGAAGCCCAGAAGCUCAAGUUGUCAGCCUGGGAGAUGAUCGCGUCGUAUUUCAUCAAAUAAUCCUCUUGGUUGGUCACAUCAGAGUUCCCGUAGGAUGCGAGAUAAAUCACUAUUCAUAACUGGCAGACAAGUAAUAGAAAACCACAAAUUUAUUACGAGAUGGUGUCAAUAGUACGAUUCACCCUGAUCUCCUACGUGUGGGACGUGGGAAAGAAUGUGUUUCAGAAUAAAUGACACAUGGUAUACUCCUUA